AUGAUGGGGAAUAGAACAAUGCACAAAGUGCCAUGGAAGAUCCCUUCCUGUAUGCAAUUUCCUCUUUGCUCAACAGGGGGACUCCCUAUCCUGGUGAUUCAACAACAGACUGGGAAGGGCCUUACUCAGUAUUGGCCUGUAACCGACUGGACCUGGAUAUUGCGGUCCCAGUUGUUUAACACCAAAUUCGAUAUUGUAAACUGGUACAAUAGAACUGCUGAGCGCAGUCUUCAGAAUUUGUGCAACAAGCUUCUUACUGGAGCAGAUGAGACAGCAGUUUUAGACUGGCUGUACCAAGAGCCCUACAGUCCCAAAAACAGUGCCAUCCUUGAAAUGGUGGCAGACUUGACUAGACAUUAUCCUGAUGCCCAAUUUGAGGAAGUAGGAUCUCAAGCUGUUGCAAUAGAACUCCAUGAAUGUAACACAGCAAUAAUCAAAGACUACAAAAGGACAUUACCCCAACCAAUACUGGUCACAGUCCUGUUCAAGGAUGCCACUCAAAUGUUAGCUUUGGGAUGCAAGAAUUCCACUCCUGUUCCAACACCAGGUGCUAAUUGGACUCAACCCUUGCUGGAUGUAAUUGGUAGUGCAAUGAAAGGCAAUGAAUGCUCUCAUCUAGAGUCACAUGCAGCUGGAAUAUUUGAGGACCAUCUAGAGAAAGUUAGAACACAGUUGAGACAAUACACACAGCCACUUUGUGCAAAAGCCAGUGAAACUGGAUUGCCUCCUCUACGAGAUAUCAAUCAUACAAUACCUCUCAUUGAUGAAACAAAAAUCUACGCUUGGCGACCAUUCCGUUGUUUAGAACCAUUACGGGCUAAAUGGUCAGAGAAAUGA